UGUUCGAGGGCCGCCGUGCCGUAGGCGUCCUGUUCGAGCACGGCGCGGACAAGAUGCAGGUGCGCGCCCGGCGAGAGGUGAUCAUAUCCGCGGGCACCAUCGGCUCGCCGCACUUGCUGCUGCUCUCCGGCAUCGGGCCCCGCAAGCAGCUCGAGGAAUUUGGGAUUCCCGUGGUGGCCGACCUGCCCGUGGGCGAGAACCUGCAGGACCACGUAUUCGUCGGCGGUGUCGCGGCCACCACCAAGAAGCGCUGCGAGCUCCAGCUCAACAGUGCCUCCAUCAUAGUCAACUACGCCUUCCGCAAGGAAGGGCCAUUCGCCGUACCGGCCGGCAUCGAGGCGGUGGCCUUCGUCAGCACCUCCUAUGUCAACGCCAGCCUGGACUUUCCGGACGUCCAAAUAGUGCUCCUCUCGGUGUCACCGGCCAGCGAAGAAGGCGAACGCUUCCUCACCGACACCGGGCUCACAAAAGAGGCGUACGAGAAGUACUAUCGCUCCAAGCGGCACCAGUACGCUUUUCAGCUGGCGCCCAUCCUGAACCGGCUCAAGUCUCGCGGGUACAUCCGGCUGCGCAGCACUGACCCUGACGACUCGCCCAUCAUCGACCCCCAGUACUUCACCCACCCGGAAGACAUCAAGGUGGCAGCGGAAGGCACGCGCCCGCAAGGCGGUGGAGAUUCCUGCGGACCGAGGCGUUCGCGAAGAUGGGCACCAAGCUGUGGAACGUGCCCUUCCCGGGAUGCGAGGAGGCCUGGCGAGAUGUGGAGCGAGCCGUAUCUCGAGUGCCUCGCGCGACACCACACCUCCACCGUGUGGCACCCGUGUUGCACGUGCCCCAUGGGCGAGGACCAUCGGGCCGUCGUCGACAGCAGGCUCAGGGUACGCGGCGGGGUGGAGGGCCUUCGUGUGGUGGACGCUUCCGUGAUGCCCACCAUCGUGACGGCCAACCUGAACGUCCCGGUGCACAUGAUCGCUGACAGGGCAGCCACUUUCAUACGGGAAGAUUACGAAGGCGCUUCUUCUUCGGGACCUUCCCGUGGUCCAAUCUCAAGAAUCCUGUCGUGGGCAUCGAGAACGUGA